GCGGCGACGCCGGCGAUGGCGCUGAGGCGGAGCACGGGGCGGCCGGGGCUCCCGCCGCCGCCGCCGCCGCUGCUGCUGGCGGCCCUGGCCUCGCUGCUGCUCCGGGAGUGCGCGGCCGCAGGCCUGAAGCUCAUGGGAGCCCCGGUGAAGUUGACAGUGUCUCAGGGGCAACCAGUGAAACUCAACUGCAGUGUGGAGGGGAUGGAGGAGCCGGACAUACACUGGAUGAAGGAUGGGGCCAUGGUGCAGAAUGCAAACCAGGUGUACAUCUCAGUCAGCGAGAAGUACUGGAUUGGCUUUCUCAGCCUGAAGUCAGUGGAACGCUCCGAUGCAGGCCAGUACUGGUGCCAAGUGAAGGAUGGGGGAGAAACUGAGAUUUCCCAGCCGGUGUGGCUCACUGUAGAAGGUGUGCCAUUUUUCAUUGUGGAACCAAAAGAUCUGGCAGUGCCACCCAAUGCUCCUUUCCAAUUGUCUUGUGAGGCUGUGGGUCCUCCAGAACCGGUUACCAUUUUCUGGUGGAGAGAACACACAAAAGUUGGGGGACCUGCUCCCUCUCCCUCUGUCUUAAAUGUGACUACAGGAGUGACCCGGAGCACGGAGUUUUCUUGUGAAGCUCACAAUGUGAAAGGCCUGGCCACUUCCCGGGCAGCUAUUGUUCGACUUCAAGCACCACCCGCAGCCCCCUUCAACAUCACAGUGACAAAACUUUCCAGCAGCAAUGCUAGCGUGACUUGGGUGCCAGGUGCUGAUGGCCGAGCCCUGCUUCAUUCCUGUACAGUGCAGGUGAUACAAGCCACAGGAGACUGGGAGGUCCUGGCUGUUGUGGUCCCAGUUCCACCUUUUACCUGCCUGCUUCGGGACCUGGUCCCUGCCACCAACUACAGCCUCAGGGUGCGCUGUGCCAAUGCCUUGGGGCCCUCUCCUUAUGCUGACUGGGUGCCCUUUCAGACAAAGGGCUUAGCCCCAGGCAGCGCUCCGCAGAACCUUCAUGCCAUCCGCACCGACUCAGGCCUUAUCCUGGAGUGGGAAGAAGUUAUCCCCGAGGGCCCUUGGGAAAGCCCCCUGGGACCUUAUAAGUUGUCCUGGGUUCAAGACAAUGGGACCCAGGAUGAGCUCACAGUGGAGGGGACCAGGGCCAAUCUGACAGGCUGGGAUCCCCAGAAGGACCUGAUUGUACGCGUUUGUGUUUCCAAUGCAAUUGGCUUUGGGCCCUGGAGUCAGCCACUUGUGGUAUCUUCUCACGACCGUGCAGGGCAGCAGGGCCCUCCGCACAGCCGCGCAUCCUGGGUCCCUGUGGUCCUGGGUGUGCUCACAGCCCUGGUCACCGCUGCUGCCCUGGCUCUCAUCCUGCUUCGAAAGAGGCGUAAGGAAACACGGUUCGGGCAAGCCUUUGACAGUGUCAUGGCCCGAGGGGAGCCAGCUGUACACUUCCGGGCAGCCCGGUCUUUCAAUCGAGAAAGACCAGAACGCAUCGAGGCCACAUUGGACAGCCUAGGCAUUAGUGAUGAGCUGAAAGACAAGCUGGAGGAUGUGCUCAUCCCAGAGCAGCAGUUCACCCUGGGCCGGAUGUUGGGCAAAGGAGAGUUCGGGUCUGUGCGGGAGGCCCAGCUGAAGCAGGAGGAUGGUUCCUUUGUGAAAGUGGCUGUGAAGAUGCUGAAAGCUGACAUCAUUGCCUCAAGUGACAUUGAAGAGUUCCUCAGGGAAGCAGCUUGCAUGAAGGAGUUUGACCAUCCACACGUGGCCAAGCUUGUCGGGGUGAGCCUCCGGAGCAGGGCAAAAGGCCGUCUCCCCAUCCCCAUGGUCAUCCUGCCUUUCAUGAAGCAUGGAGACCUGCAUGCCUUCCUACUGGCCUCGCGCAUUGGGGAGAACCCUUUUAACCUGCCCCUUCAGACCCUGGUCCGGUUCAUGGUGGACAUUGCCUGUGGCAUGGAGUACCUGAGCUCCCGGAACUUCCUCCACCGAGACCUGGCCGCUCGCAAUUGCAUGCUCGCAGAAGACAUGACAGUGUGCGUGGCUGACUUUGGACUCUCCCGGAAAAUCUAUAGUGGUGACUACUAUCGUCAGGGCUGUGCCUCCAAAUUGCCUGUCAAGUGGCUGGCCCUGGAGAGCCUGGCUGACAACCUGUAUACAGUGCACAGUGAUGUGUGGGCUUUCGGAGUGACCAUGUGGGAGAUCAUGACUCGUGGCCAGACACCAUAUGCUGGCAUUGAAAAUGCUGAGAUUUAUAACUACCUCAUCGGCGGGAACCGCCUGAAACAGCCUCCAGAGUGUAUGGAGGAUGUGUAUGAUCUCAUGUACCAGUGCUGGAGUGCCGACCCUAAACAGCGACCAAGCUUCACUUGCCUGCGAAUGGAACUGGAAAACAUUUUGGGCCACCUCUCGGUGCUGUCUACCAGCCAGGACCCGUUGUAUAUCAACAUCGAGAGAGCUGAACAGGCUGCGGAGAGAAGCAGCCCAGAGCUGCCAUGUGGGGAGCAGUCCAGCGAGGGGGCUGGAGGUGACAGUGGCGUGGGGGUAGUGGGCAGCACCUCCAGUGACUGUCGGUACAUCUUCAGCCCUGGGGGGCUGGCUGAGCCACCUGGGCUGGUGGAGCAACAACCAGAAAGCCCUCUCAAUGAGACCCAGAGACUGCUGCUGCUUCAGCAAGGGCUACUGCCCCACAGCAGCUGUUAGCCCACAGGCAGAGAACAGCUAGGGCCAUCUGCUUGGCUGUGCUGGCUGGCUAAGUCCAGUCUGACCCCAGCCCAGGCAGCAAGGUGUGGAGGCUCCUGUGGUAGUCCUCCCAAGCUGUGCUGGUACCUGGACUGACUAAAUUGCCAAUCCCAGUUCUUCCUACAGCUACAAGGCCAACCUUGGAGGGGGUAGGCCAUAUCUGGUUUCCUGACCCCAAGCAGCUGGUAGGAGGGGAGAGGUUAUGCUUCCAUGGGUACCAUGGGUGAAGAUGGCAGUGGGAGAGGGUAGAUCCAGCCCUAUGGGCCUUGACCCUCCUGGCUGAGCUGCCCUUGCUUCUUUAGGGUGUGCACAGAGCUGCCUUUAGUCUGGGGACUCAGCAGUGCCUGCCACACUUGGACUUAGAUGUCAGGUUUGCCCCUCCCGAGUCACAGAUGUCCUUGUAUUAGUCCCUUUUCCAUCCCUGUGGCAGAAGAUGGUGGGACACUGUCAGGUGUGAACCUUUAUCACCUUCCUGAUUCCCCACCCUACCAAGGCCUGAAGAGAAAGUAGGGAGGGUGCUUUCCUACAGCUGCCUGGACCUCUCAGAGGCAUGCAGCAGAGUGCUCUGAGCCUGGCAAGGGGAAGGGGUGCUGAGGAUCUGUCUGGCCCAGGAGUGAGUGAGGUGAGAAGAGUUUAGGAGCCCCUCUCCAAGCCCUCCCACAGUUUGAGCAUGCUAUCAAGUCCCCAAGUAUCCCAAGACUAACAAAGGCAGCUGUGUUGGAGCUCAGCCCUAAUACAUGGGUCAUGGUGACCUUUAGGCCCACCCUGCCACUAACUGGAUUCUGUCCCAAGUGUCCAGAGAGGAAAUAGGCCUAAUGGCUGGUAUGAAUAAGAGAAGUUCCUGAAGCCUAGACCCCAGCCCUGGCUGGGGAGCAUCCUGGAAUGCACGGGGCAGGCCCUUGCUAUUAGGGGCAUUUCCAAGCUGUUAAAUUGCUCUUUAAAAGCAGAAAUAAAAUAGAAGACUAAAGAAUCAAGGGUCUUUCUCUCCACCCACCCCCCAUUCUUUUCUUUGUUGUUUGGUUUUUUAAGUCAAUUUCUUGUAGCCCAGCCUCAAACUUCCUAUGUAGCCAGAAAUAACCUUGAACUUGUGGAUCUUCCUGCCUCUACCUCCUGAGUGAGUGCUGGGAUUAAAGGCAUGCACCACCA